UUGGGCAUCAUUAAAAAAUCUUUUGUUCAAUUAACAACAAGUGUGAAGUGUGGUGUGCCGAUCGCUGAAAAGGAUAAGCCCAACUUUGGAUUACAUUACCGAAUCACAUAAUUGCAAUAAAACAUGAAGAACUUUGCCCUUUGCCUGUCCGCUGCUGCGCUGCUCUGCCUGGUACACGCUGCACCCAAGCCCCAGGGUGGCGAGCCAAUUGCGAUUAUAAGCCAAGAAUCUAAUAUCGAGCCGGAUGGUGCCUACAAUUAUGCCUACGAAACAGCUAAUGGAAUCAAGGCGGAGGAAACUGGAACCGUGAAGAAGGCCACAUCUGCGGAUUCUACGGAUGUGAUCAUUGUCAAAGGUUCCGUGUCCUAUACUUCACCUGAGGGAGAGGUGAUUACGCUCAACUAUGCGGCCGAUGAUGAGAAUGGCUUCCAGCCACAGGGCUCGCAUUUGCCCACUCCUCCACCAAUCCCACCAGCGAUCCAGAAGGCGCUCGACUAUCUGCUCAGCCUGCCCCCAUCGCAGCGUCGUCGUUAAGAUGCAUCUGGAGUUUAUAUAGAACAAAUAUUGACCACGCUAACGUUACUCUGAUACUCUACACCCAAUGAAGCAAUUUGCUGCUAACCCGUAUAUCAUCAAUCAAUCAAUACCUUAAUACGAACACCAACAUCGAGCAGCUGACUGAAGAACACAACCUGCACACCUGCACACACACACACAAACACAAACACUCACACACAUAUAUGUACUCAAACACCCAAAUAUGUUAUAUAUUUUUUGUUUUGAUUUCUGAACUUUUUCUUAAUACCUUAUCCGAUUUCUUUUAUUCUUUUUCGUCUUUAAACUUAUACUGUGCUUAAGAUCUUUUAGUCGCCGGAACUUUGCCAUUUUCGGACUCAUGUGAUAUCAUCGAUUUACUAAUGAAAUCAAGAAGAAAAUGUAAAAAAAA